ACCUUGUUUGCCAACUCGGAUUACAAUCUUUCAGAUGAUCUGGUUUUAAUCACGGGUGCUGCGAAUGGUCUUGGGCGUAAAUUAUGCAUCGAAUUCUCAAAACAUACUCGAAAUAUUGUGGCUUGGGACAUAGACGGACCAGGAUUAAAGGAAACACAUGAUAUCGUCUUUUCAACUAGUGAUGUAAAAAUUCAUACUUUUAUAGUGGACCUUCGAUCAGAGGUUCAGAUUCAUUUGAAUGCUAAAAUAGUUAAGGAAAAUGUAGGGAAAGUCACCAUUUUAGUCAACAAUGCUGGGAUCGUAAACGCGAAAUAUUUCUUGGAUCUGACAGCUUCAGAUAUUGAAAAUUGCUUCAAGGUCAAUGUUUUCUCCCAGUUUGAGUUUUAUCUGCCCACUGGACAAUUAGAUUCCAUGUGCUCUGUACUGAUCUUCAUAUAUUUAGCCCUGUCUCUUUCUGAAAUCAGUUUUGAUUGGUAUCCAUAUUGCAGUCCUGUUAUCUUGCAUUAUAUAAACAUAAUUCAACUCUUUUAUGAUUGUUCUCCAAAGACAAUACGAGCAUUUCUGCCCGACAUGCUGGGUCGAGAUGACAAACAUCUCUUAUCUUGGUCUUGCCUGUCUUCGGACACUAAGGACGCAGCCAUUUUUUCUAAGCCUAGCUCAUGUGAUUGUGACCACGAACUUAGUGUUAAUCACAAUGCUGGCGACUCGGAUGUUGCAACCCGGGGCCAUAUUGUCUCGAUAUCCUCAAUUGCAGGCCAAGUGUCAGCUCCUCGGCUCUCUGACUAUUGUGCUUCGAAAGCGGCAUUAAUAUCAAUGCUUGAUUCCCUCGAGAUGGAGCUUAUAAAAGUCGGCUUGGAUGAUCGAAUUAUAGUUACUUCAGUGCGACCCUACCUAAUCAAAACAGGAAUGUUCAAUGGAUGCCACUCCAAGUAA